GCCCUUUGCCCCCGGAAGUGGGCGGGUCCAGGGGCGAGGCUGCGGCGAGAGGAAACAUGGCGGCGGGCGGCGGCGGGUCCGGCUUUGCUCCGUGGCGCUGGGCGGCGCUCCUGCUGGCAGCCCUGCUUGGGGCCGGCCCCUCGUGGGCCCGAGUCCACCACCUCAGCCUCAAGGAUGACGUGCGGCAGAAAGUUCACCUCAACACCUUCGGCUUCUUCAAGAACGGGUACAUGGAGGUCAGCAUCAGCAACCUUUCAGUUGCUGAUAACAGGAAAGGAACUGACGCCUUGGUGGGAUUCAGUUUAGACCGAACGCGGAAUGAUGGAUUCUCCACUUACCUGGAUGAAGAAGUGAAUUAUUGCAUUUUGAAGAAGCCCAAUGCCUCGGCCACCCUUCUGAUCUUGGACUUUACACAUAACCAUGUGAAAGUCAAAAAUGCUAGUGUGUCUCCGUUUCCUGCCAUCGUUUUCCCCAAGGACAGCCCGCCUCAAGGGAACACUCAGAACCCUGAGUCGAAGCCGGCGCCUCCCAGCGGUGAAGCAGAAGCCCCAGUGCCCGGUGAGAAGAUAUACCCCAUGCAGCACAGUGAAAUUCAUGGCUAUUCCUUCCAGUUCUCCCUCAACAUCUCCUCCGAGAGUGAAGAAGGCCUCUACAGCCUCUACUUCCACAAGUGCGCCCUGCGGAACGAGGAGCAGCUCUUCAGCCUGGCCAUAUACAUUAAAGAGAAGAAUCCCAAUAGCUUCCUCUCGGCGGGAGAAAUCCCUCUGCCCAAGCUCUACGUCUCGAUGGCUCUCUUCUUCUUCUUCUCCGGCGUGGUGUGGAUCCACAUCCUUCGGAAACGCAGCAGUGAUGUCUUCAAGAUCCACUGGCUAAUGGCCGCUCUCCCAUUCACCAAGUCCCUCUCUUUGGUCUUCCAUGCAAUCGACUACCAUUACAUCUCCUCUCAGGGCUUCCCCAUCGAAGGCUGGGCUGUCGUCUACUACAUCACUCACCUGUUGAAAGGCGCCCUGCUGUUCAUCACCAUUGCCCUCAUCGGCACAGGCUGGGCGUUCGUUAAGCACAUCCUUUCGGAUAAGGACAAGAAGAUCUUCAUGAUCGUCAUCCCGCUCCAGGUCUUGGCAAACGUGGCCUACAUCAUCAUCGAGUCAACCGAAGAGGGCACGACAGAAUAUGGUCUGUGGAAAGAGAUCCUGUUCCUGGUGGACUUGCUUUGCUGUGGGGCCAUCCUGUUUCCAGUUGUGUGGUCAAUAAGGCACUUACAGGAGGCCUCUGCGACAGAUGGAAAGGCAGCAGCCAUCAACCUAGCAAAGCUGAAGCUGUUCAGACAUUACUACGUCAUGAUUGUGUGUUACAUUUAUUUCACACGGAUCAUUGCCAUCCUCAUCAAGAUCGCCGUUCCGUUCCAGUGGAAGUGGCUUUACCAGCUGCUGGAUGAAAUGGCCACCUUGGUGUUCUUCAUCCUCACUGGCUACAAAUUCCGGCCGGCCUCGGACAACCCCUACUUGCAGCUCUCUCAAGAUGACGAGGACGACUUGGACAUGGAAGCCGUGGUGACAACCACGGGCGUCAUGGAGGGCAUGAAGAAGGUCAAGAAAGUGUCGAACGGCUCGGCGGAGACCCGAGGCGAGAAGGAAAGCGCUGCGUGAUGGACUCAUUCUGUUUUCCCUGUCCUCCUCUCCCCCGCCCCCUAGGACAAGACCGCACUUUUCAGAUAAACUCUAAUUUAUUGAUCUCUUCCUUCCUCCACGGAAAGGGAGCUUCUUGGCAUUGAAACUGUAGGGGGGGAUCGGGGCAGUGGGGUGGGGGGCAGGACACAGCAAAAAAGAAGGACAAGACCCAGCAAACUUCUCUCGAUUCCUCUGUUCUAAGGGUGCUGGGCUCCCCAGAGGCCCUUCAAGGAAAGCUUUGUGGGCACGGUGGUGGCAGACACACACAUAUAUAUAUAUUUUAACACUGAUUUUUUUUUUUUUUUUAAUGCUUGACUGGAAAACAAAAACAUGGUUUGCAGUUGGGGUUUUGGGGGGAUGCAGCUUCAAAGCGACAGAGUUGUGUAUGUAAAAGUCUAUAUAUAUAUAUAUAUAUUUUAUAUGGCGCCUUUUGAGAAGCGGAAACCAGCUGGACGUCCCGUGGAGCGCUCCUGGAAGGUUAGCAGCGUGACGAUGGAAAGUGGCUGGGUGGAUGAGAGGGUUUUUUUUCCCCUGGUCUGUAAAUUUCUGUGAAGCCGUUUUGUUUUGUUUUGUGUUCUCGUUCUUUUCCUUGGGGCGGAGGGCGUCGCGGAAAUCUGCCCCCAGCUAGGAAAAGAGGCCUUUUUCUGAGACCAAGCAGUUCCCAGCUGCAAAGGGCUUCUGGCCGUCGCUUAUCCCCUGCCCCGUUGAGGUCAUGGACCAAAAAUCUUGGUCCCCAUCUUCUAUGCAUUUGCUUGGUUUCCGAAUUGUGCAGUCAAGUCGGGAUCAAAGUUGGAUUCUAUUUUAUUGUUUUGCCUUUCCCUCUUGAAAAGCGGCCAGGGUCCGAAUUUCCGAAUCCCGCUCCCCGCCCUCCCCCAAACAUUAACAGAGCACCCCUUCCAGAGAAAUCCAGAGUUGCUGUCCUAACUAGCAGAUCCCUUGCAGUGGCAUUUCUGAGGCCUGCCGGGUUCUCCCGAACCUCUGCGCUCUCUCAGGAUGGGUCCUUCCUGCUGGGCUCUGUGCGUGAGGCACACUGAUCACCAUACGGGGGAGACCUGGAGAGUCUGUGCCAAGAAGGCAGUCCAGGCAAACACUUGUGGGAAAUGGCAGAAAUCCACACUGUGCCGCGCCCUAUGGGGAGAGCAUCUAAUCUUACCACGUUGCCUCUUUGGCGGGGUGAGGCUUGAUUGAUAUGUAGGAGCUGAGGAGGUAUCAGGACAGGUCUUCUGUGGAACCUUAUAACUAGCGGGCUAGUCCAGGUAGGUGUGUGAAAGAUUUUGGCCACGCGUGAGCGGAGCCACGAGCCAGAGGCACAAAAUUCUGGUGAAUUCUGGUGAAAAUUCUGGUGGAAAAUUCUGGUGAAUUCUGGAUCUAUACAGAUGGAGCAGAAUGGUGCCCCGUGGCCGGCUGCAAGUUUGGGAGACAUCCUGCGGUGCUAUCCGCUUAACUCUGAUUUGAACCAGGUAUCGGGAAUUUCAAGGGUAGGAAUCGGGCACAUUGCCACUUUCUCAGUGACUGCAGCCGUACACAGAUUAUCUAGUUGAUAUUAUACGUACCUUGUAUGCUUGUCUUGGUUGCUGCUGCUGCCCUUGCUUGCUUCAGGAACCGGGCCCCUUCUCCCCACAGCCCUCCAGACCCAGACAAAGGCAGGGGACACACACACACACCCCCCCGCAGGUCUGCUGGCCGCGUCGAACGGGCGUGAGACGCGUUGCAAGAGAAGGAUCUGCUUGGUCUUUGCAUCCUCGUCUCUUCUAUGCAAUCCCUCAGGGAAGCUGGCAGUAGCAGUGCGGUCGUAGACAAGUCCCAAUACUCGUAGCGAUGAGGAUGGCCUCCCGCACCCCACCCGCAGGGCAGGAUUUGCCCCCCGCCACCCAGGCCGUAGAGAUCUGGGAGCUUCUCCCGCACGUCUGUAGGCUCCAAAUCAGGGUCAGGCGAGUUCAGUGGCCGUCGAGCAAGCAAUGACUGGAAGGCAGGAACUUCUAGCAUGCGGAAAGCAGAGGGUGAGGGCAGAGAUGCUCCCCAUCUUCUUUCUCAUCAGCCUGUGGACCAAAGUUGGCCAGUCUGGGGGCCGCUCUUUUGCUGUCCCUGCUGAUCGAACCAAGCCCAGGAGGUAUAAAAAGCCCACAGUGGUCUAGGCUCCCUUGGGGAAAGGGGAAUGUUAAGCUUCCGUUGGGAACCUCUGUUUCUCUUUCCCCUCGUUUGCUGGGAAAGGUUCCUGGCAGCCAACAGGCUCCUCUCGCAAGCCCAGGUAGCGAAGUGAUCGCGUCACUUAGUGAUGCCGUAGGAGUUCAAGGCACACCGGUUGGAAGGUGGCCUCUUCCCUCCUCGCCCUCACUUCGUAGAGGCCAGGGGUUCCCAACCUGCAGUGCUCCAGAUGUUGCUGGACUACAAUUCCCAUCGCCCCCAGUCACAAGGAAUAGUAGCUGGGGAUGAUGGGAGUUGUAGUUCACCACUCCCCGGCGUGCCACCGGUUGGCCCCCCGGAAUGGGCCCGGAAAGAAGUAGGCCUGGAUGUCGAGAGCAAAUCCCUGCGGUACAUCUCUGUAGUGGGGGGAGGCAGUGUGGAAUCCCGCUGAGCUUAUAUAUGCCGGCCGAAAUUGGGAGCGGGAGACGGGAGUACUGCGAAUGGGCCCUCUGGCGCAUCGCUCCCGACGAACCUGCAUGGAAAUAAAAACCUCUUCUGCUAGAGAAAGCCAUUUUGCACCAGGCAUAUUGGCAGUGCCCAGAAGUUGGUUCUGCACACACCCAUUGGGAACGCAUCCUCACAGAUCUCCAAAGCUUGCAGAGGGUUUUUGUCAGGGAUCUCCCACUGCCCCCCCCCCAUCUCCCCGAUUCCCGUACGCCUGGCAUCCCAGACAGUUCUGCCCACCCCUCUCUCGCCUUCCCUCGCAAAGUUGCCGGGUCGAGGGGGUGUGCAUUUCUGCCCCGCCUCUUUACCCUGGCCAAGCGGCCGGGAGCAUCUUGGCAAAAGAAUUUGGUGCAUUGCAGCAUUUUCAGAGUGCACGUGUGUAGGAGACCCUCCCCUUCCUUUCCCCAGCGGAGGAGAACAAUGCAGCGUGGACGCAAACUGUGUGUUCUCCAUGGAUGUGAAAUGCUGGGCUGCUGGAGACUGCGCUGGAGGGUGGUGCUGGUUCCGUGGUGCCAGUUGUGAGGAUGUCAUGGUGCCUCCGCUAUUUAUUGUUCCCUCCUUCUCCUUUUUAAGAAUAGACCCACUCACAGUCCAACCAUCAGAUAUCCUUGUAGGCUUCAUGGCCACUCAGAACCCGCCGGUUUCAUCAGGCAGUGUCACGUUCCUUCAAACAGGUUUCCAUCUUUGGCCACGUUCUGGUUCCCGUUGUCGAAAAACCAGCCGUGAGAUGCUGUGAUCACAGCCGAGAAACCGAUAUGGCGCCUCUGAAGGGAUUGGUCAGGUGCCCGCCACUGAGUUAGCGGGAUCUGCUCAACUUCUGCCCGUUUUGGUUCUCCCUAUGCCCUACCACAGGGCUUCUCCAUCUUGGGUCUCCACAAUUCCACAUUGUGGCUGGGAAUUAUGGGAGUUGCAGUCCAACAGCAUCUAAGGACCCAAGGUGAACUUCUGCCCCAUCCAUCCUUCCUGCAGGCUGAGGCUGGGUGAAGGUGACGGAACACUCGGUUGUGGGACGGUACCCCAUAGCAUAGCAGAUAGGAUUUGGGCUGUCGCAGAACAUAUGGAUAGCAAACGGAUAGCAUGGAGAUUGGUUUGGGGGGUGGAAGGGGGGGCAAUUUUAUUCCAAGACCAGUUUGCACUCCCAUGCAAGAACCAAUUUUCCGGUACAUGGGCAUACAACCCUAUGGGAAGACAUGCAUUCAAACUGGGAAGUGCCCACAGUAAUUCCUGUAAUGGUGGCAACUGGUGAAAAGAUGCCGCUGUGGUCCUGGAUACUGUGCUUGCGGCCAAUUGACCAGCCUUUCCACACAGAUAUUCACCCACGUGCAGAUAUUCAUCCGCUCUGCAAUGGCCUUUGGCUGGGAAUGAUAGGAGUUGUAGUCAAAAUCCUGGAAUUGCUGUUUCAGGGAACGUUUCAUCACCACACGCUGCUGGCUGGAAUCCAUAGUCAACGCUCUUCUAAAACAUGGGGUUUUCUUGCCAUGGGGGGGGGAUCCUUUCCUGGAAGUAUACCCAUGCAGGCUGUACUGUGUGCAUUGGGCUGCCUCCCCCCCCCCACACCCCCCGCUGCUUGUUCCCAUUUUUAAAAAAUUGCUGUACUUGGUACGUGUUAGCAUUACUGUGAGACGAUAUAAUGGCGGUGAUAUGCACCUUCUCCCCUCCUCCUCAGACCUCUUUUAAUACGUACAUAAAACAAAGACUUUACAAACUCAAGCAAAUGCGUUUCAAUGUUCAAACAUCCUUGUCAAUGCUCUAUCUCAAACAACUGGAGACUCUUCAGAUGAAUGAACUACAGCAAAUGAAGCUAAAUAGCCAAUCCAAGGACAGGAGCGGGGAGGAGAUGACUCUACAGAACAUAUUUUAACCCUUUUGUAGGCCAAUAAAUUUCACUGCCUCUUCCAUUUCUUUCCUAACAUUAAUAGUUGGUUAGAGCUGUUCAAUAUACAUGGCCUCUCUUCUCUUACUGUAUUCCCUUCAAUAGCCAACUCGUCCCUCCGAUUUUUCUUCCAUGUGCUUUGCCCAGGGUUUCGAUGGGUUUUUUAUGAUGUUGCAUGUCUGCCAAAUGCUCUUUAUACCUUUUUACCAGGGGUCUCCCAAAUGUAAAAUUCUUCACAUUCCAGACUGUUCUUGUACACUGUUCCUUUAAUUUGGUAACAAAUCACAAAUCAAGCAAACACACACACACACCUCACAUUUACUAUCAUAAAGCCUGAACUUAACCAGAUGCUGUUUCAACUUCAUGGGUGCUGUAUACAUUACAUUUGCUUUCAAGCCAUGUUUGCUCAAAAUCUUUUGCAUUUGCCAGGUAAAUUUGUCGGCCACAUAAGGAACUUUAAGUGUAGGUAACCCUUUCUCCAAUUUUGUACUCUUGCAUUGAUCCAUUGAGAGUUUAUAACCAUUCCUUCUAACUAAUUCUUCAGCUUUCCUCCUGGAAAACUCCACCUCCUUAGUAGAUGAAACUCCCACAGCUCUCUGUAUAACAUUCAUCACUAACUGUUCCUUAAUCACCUGAGGAUAUGCUGACUUGCUGUUCAUUGUUAACUCUUUCUUAAUAGUUUCCUGUACUAUCUGGUCUCAGUACCAACCCCUCUAAGUCGUAUUUCUGUAUCCAGAAAUGGUAUCAUCCUUGAAUGGUUGAAUAGAUUUUAUAUAUGUAAUGAAAUUUAUUUACUGUGAUUUUAAAGGAUUAAGAUUUGUUCUGUAGAGUCAUCUCGGAUUAAAUACAGCUUUAGUUGCUGUAUUUAAUCUUAAGAGUCUCCAGCUGUUUGAGAUAGUGCAUUGACAAGGAUGUUUUUGCAUUGAAACGCGUUUGCUCAAGUUGGUAAGAUCUUUGUUUUCAUUGGUUUUAUCUAUGCAUUAAAAGAGGUCUUAAAUCUUGUCUGGAUUACUUUGUGCUAUCUUCCCCCUCCUCUGACAUCUUAAAAGGCAUGCGUGGCAUUUUUGCGGCUUUCAGUAGGGAGUGCUUUGAGGACAGUUUCCUUGAUGGUGUGACUUAAAAUGAAAAGAUAAGCAAGAUCCAACUGCUUCCCUCUGUGUGUAUUUCUCUCCACAGGUUCUUAAAGGUAACCUAAGAAGGAGCUCCAAGACAUUCAAGUGGGUGGGGUGGGGUGCAUGUGGAAAGGGGGAAACGCUGGUUUAUCAGGGAUUGUGGCCUCGAUCUUCCUGAUACUUGGAAUCAAUAGCAAGAAGCAUUCAUGUCUCAUGACAGAAUAACAGCCAACAUAGAAAACUCUACUGCAGGAGGACAGUUGUCUAACUCUGCUGACGUUGGGCUACAAUUCCCAUCAUCCCUGGCUGUGGCUGGCGAUGAUGGGAGUUGUAGUUUGAAAACAGCUGGCAGGCCAAAACUGAGGCAGACCUUCAAGGAUACAGAAUUGGCGUCGGGUUGCAUUUCUGCUUGGACCCUGAUGCUUUAAAUGUUGCAUACCAGAAGAUAUGAUUGUUUUAGUCUAACAUAUUUUUGCAGGAUGUCUUGAGAGGUGGGAGUGGAUGAGGAGGUGAGAUAGUCUUGAAUGAUGGGGUGGUCCUUCCUUUCUGGUAGCCAGGCAUGCUUUCGAAUAAGCAACCGGUAGUUUUCUUCGUGAUUUCUUUCUUAAAAGGCAAGAGCUUCUUAAGAGGUUGAAUCUUCUCUUUUCAGAUUUCUCCACUUCCAUACAGGAACCCCCUUCAAGUCUCCCUGACCUUGUUCUAGAACCUGCUGCAGUCUAGAACCUGUGCCAUAAAUGCUCUAGAUCAGGGUUUCUUAACUUUGUGCCCCCAGAUGUUGGACUCCUAACACCUAGAAUCCCCAGACAUGGCCUUUGUGGCUGGGGAUUCUGAGAGUUGUCGUCCCAACGACAUCUGGGGGCCCAAGGUUAAGAAGCCCUGUUCUAGAUCAGAGCUGCACAACUUCGGCUCUCCAGCUGUUGGACUACAGUGCCCAUCAUCCCUGAUCAUUGGCCACUGUGGCUUUGGAUGGGUGUCGUAGUCAAAGAACUGCUGGCGGGCCGACGUUCUGCAGCCCUGUGCUAGAAUCGGCCGGCCUUGCUUCCGUUGAGCACAGAUGGUGGACGUUGGAGGUGUUUGUGGUCCAUCUCUGGAGAACAGCCUUUUGGAAUUCUGACGUUGUGGAUUACAACAAAACCCGGAACCGUGUUGGCCCAAGGGGAAACCUGUGUGAUGCCUGAAUUCUUUGUGGCUGUUGGUAGCCUAAAGGAGCUUUCUGAUAAAUCCGCUGCCGUCUUAGCAGGACCUGGAAAUAAAUGCAUUUUUGGAAAACAAGGUGCUUGGCCUGGGGACACUGAUGUCUGUGCAUUCGGGGUGCUGAAGGUGCAAGAUGAAUUCCUCUGUGUUUUAGGGUCUUCUUUUUUAAAAAAUCAUUUCUUUAAAAAAAUAAAUAAAACGACAGUAUUUAUGUAAAGGGGAGCCGGGGGGGCAUUCCAAUCAGGGGACUUUUCUCUCUAUGUAAUGUGGUUUUCCUGCUGUGGAACAGAUGUACAAAAUAAAGACUUGAUGACUAGGAA